CGCCGUACUAAGCCAGAGGAUUGGGGGCGAUAUCAGUCAUAAGUCCUGAGAAACCCACCUUGAUGAACAGAAUAUUUGUUUACGGAACAUUGAAAAAUGGUCAGCCAAAUCACUUCCGUUUGAUGGAUCCUGGUACAGGCACCACUUUAUUCGUCGGUGUCGGACAGACCGUUGAGAAGUACCCGCUGGUGAUUGAGAGAUCCUGGAAUAUGCCUUGUCUCUUACACGAGCCAGGAACUGGAUGGCAUGUAAAGGGUGAAAUCUAUGACGUGGAUGAUGAGAAAAUGAAGUUCCUGGAUUACUUUGAAGAUCACCCUGAAAUGUACACACGCACCGUGAUAUUGGCGGAGUACACAAACUCAAAAGAUGCACAGUGUAGCGAUCCAGAUUCCCAGUCGAGCGCGCCGAAAUCCAAAGAACACCAACCGAACACCCGCUCCGAGUGUUGGUGCUAUUUUUAUAACGACCGUGAUUCUGUGCGUGACCUUCCUCACAUUUAUGUAUAUGACUCUAAGGGAGACCAUGGCUUGGAGUAUGACGCCAGUAUUGAUGCAGAAUUUGUUAAGGAUAAAAAAUCAUAG